GGCAUUCACUUUCUUUGGUAGAGGAGGUUCAUGGAUGAAAUAGGCCCGUGCAGCAUAUAUCAUACCGCACUAAGUUUUAUCUUCAAUUCCUAUUCGGCAUGAACGAGAACAUGAAGCGAGUAAUGUAGUAAGUCAUGUGAAUACAUCAUAACAGGUCAGUUAAUGUUACUCUCCCAGUCAACACAGUCAAGAGGGGUUUUUUUUGCCCUCAUGACGCUGCGAGGCGAUACCGUACGUAUGGAGGUCGCGUCGCGUCCCUACGGUUAAGUGGUUGAACCAUCGGGCACAAUACGAUGCUCCGUGUAUUGCAAACCCUCUGGCACGCUAUAUUGGGCGUUGUAUUAUGCGUAUUCAACGAAGCGAAAUACAGCAGACACUCCGACCGGCAUACAUAAUGGUAUUUGCUCGGUAAGCAACAACUGGAGUUUUCUUUUGUGUGACAUGCGAUAUCGGAGCAGGGUUAUAAGGCAGUGUCACUGUGGCCCUGUUUUUGAGGCCGCGACGUAACAGAAUAUCACUUGUAAUUUGGCUUAAUCGUGUAUUAUUUCCGAGUAGCGAUCUUGGACCAGACGGGUGAAGCAGCUAUCCAAAACUCCUGUAUCUUUGGUGUCAAGGAGCGUAAUAUCAAGCAAGGGAUGUGAUUUGCCAUGGCACCAUACACCAAGUGGUUGUUGAGAUCGUGGAUGUACCACCGCUAUACUGCUACAGUGCAAUCGAACCCGCCGGGUCUAUUCUUCAGAUCGAUCGAUACGACACCAUCUAGUUAAGUGAGCGAGUUUGAUUUCCGAUAUGUUGUCAGUAAUUGAUGGUGCGGCGUGCCCUGAUUGUACACACUGGCGGAACAUCACUCACUUCCCGUUCGAUUCUCUACUGUCAAACGUCAGUAAGUGAGAGGCCACAUUGAGAAUUAUGUGCUUUUGGCAAGGGCGUGUGUAAUUGGGUGAAGACAACAUUGAAAUCCUGCAGAACGGUGACAUAUCGGAUGUGGUUGUACGACUGACAUGCGAGACGCUUCAUAUUACUUUGGCCGUGAGGGGAAGAAAAAAUCCUGCCAAUAAUUACUAGUUCUGAGGAUGAUACUCCGAAAUACCAACCGGGGAUUCGUGCUGCAAUAGAGCAGAUUUCUCGAGGGAGCUCAGAACAAACAGGAGAAACCGCAGAAUAAUAUUCCUACCUCAGAUUAAAGUCUGAGGCGUUAAAUCAAAAGGAAUACAUAAACACGGGUAUAUUGCUGUGAGUCCUCAAACAAUACUGGACCAGUAGUCAAGAUGUUUCGUGCUCAGCUGGAUACCACGGCGUCCAUACGGAGCACCUCGUCUGUGUCUUCUCUGACGGGCUUCAGCCGCCGGCACCAGGGGGCUUCGGUCAAGCGCCUGGUGCUGCUGCUGGUGAUCUACAUCGUUUACAUCGUCACCGGAGCCUUGGUUUUCCGAUUCCUGGAAGGUGGGAACGAAGAGAACCUCCAGGAGAGGAUCCGGGAGUACGUGAAGGAGUUUCUGGCCAACAACUCUUGCAUCAACUCGUCUGAGUUAGUGGCACUGGUGGACGAGGUGGUGUAUUCCAUUGACAAUGGGCUCAAGCCCGAUGUGGAUGAUAGCGAUGUAGGCGAUUACGGACAUCAUCUUUGGGACUUCCCAAACUCUCUGUUCUUUGCGACCACUGUCAUCACCACGAUAGGUUACGGCAACAUGUCGCCGCGUACCAGCCAAGGCAUGGCGUUCUGUGUGGUCUUCGCGUUCUUUGGUAUCCCGCUCACCGGCUGGUUUCUCGCCGUCUUCGGCCAGUGUUCCGAGCGUCAGUGGAAAAGCUUCACCGACAAGUUCGACAAGACAGUGGCCUUUCUCAAGUUCCCCACCGCUCAGAAAGUGGCCGUGUACACCAGCCUAGUGCUACUGCUGUAUCUUUUGAUCAUUCUGCUGCCCUCUACCGUCAUCCACUUUGUGGAGGGCUGGUCCUGGGGCGUGGCGCACUACUACACCUUCAUAUCGCUCAGUACCAUUGGGUUUGGCGAUUACGUUGCGGGCAACGGACCCAAUCUCAACGUGGUGACGCGGACGCUGUACAAAAUUGGUCUGGUGCUGUAUCUGAUCUUGGGCCUAGCUGUGCUGACCCUGACGUUUAAGGUCACCCAGCAUUACCAGAGGAAGAAUGCGGUGCGCAUGAAGUCUGUCACGAGGGGCGUGGCCAGGAGGGUGCUGAGCAAACGUCGCAACGCCAGCUUCGAGAAGGAGAAACAAGACAAGGAGAAUAAGGUGACUGUCAAUCUCCGGACGGCUAAGUACGGGCGAUACGACAGUGAGUCUGGAGAGACGUUCACCAUCUCCAUUGACGAGUUCGGGAAGUGUUUAAAAGACGCCAGUACGCAGACUAGCACGAGGUCUGGCAGCGAGCCAAGCGUGCAGACCAGCAUACAGACGUCAGGGAACUCGAUUAUUAUUACGUCAUCGCAGAGUGGCGUGCUGAGGCGUAACAUUUCGUGGAGCGACGAGCAGGAGGGGAUCUUAUUUGAUGUUAAAAAGCCAGACUCGAGGAGAGACCACGAAAAUGGCAACAUUCUGCCCAGGAGUAACUUAGGCUUUUGUGGUAAUGACACAUAGCGCCAUAUGUUGCUGAUUUUGCCCUUUGUAGUAUUUUAAAGAUGUAGUCCAUCAUUUGUAAUUUGUGCAUUUUGUUCGUUUGAAGCAACAAAAGUGUUCAAAAUCUAAUGAAGG